AUGGCUGUGAAUUCAAAUGCUGAUUUAUUUGAUCAUCAUGAGAAUGAGGUUUUGGGGUUCAACUCUAUAAUAAGGUCUAAUGUUAACGUUGGUCUCUCUUGUUCUGAAAUCCUAAUCUGUGAUGUUGGAAGAACCAGUUGUUCAAGAAUGUUUGAUGUUUAUGAUGGAGGGUGUGGUGGGAAAGUAGGGAAAUUUUCAUGUGGGUUGAUGAAGAUUGAAGAUGAGAAAAGUGUGAUUGAACAGGCGUGUCAGAAUGUAGGGAAAGUUGCAUUGAGUAAUGAGGUUCAAGGAGUUGAAGAUGAUGUGACUGAGCACAAGCACGAGAACGAUGUUGCUUUGGCAAAUUUUAGUGCAGUUGUGGAGGAUGACGGUGUUUUAAAAGCUGCUGAUAGUUUUGUUGUUACUAAAGAUGAUUCUGAAGAUUCUCGUGUCUCAGAUGUUGCAACCUACCGAUUACAGGAUGGAAUUCGAUAUGCGGAAGGCAUUGAUGUCAAAGCAGAAGAGUCUUUGAAACAGUCAAGCUUUCUGUCAGAUGCACAACUAAAUGUGAUUCAAGACCAAACCACAAACAUCAGUAUUUCUGGAGCAGGUAUUCCGAAUAAUAUUCAAUAUGAUUGUCGAGGUUUUGAUCUUAAUUCAAACAAAAACACACAAGAGGAUAGGGUGCCUAGGGAAUCAAUGUUUUCCGAUGUUAAUUACCGUGUAUCUGAUUUAGUCUGGGGAAAGGUUAGGGGACAUUCUUGGUGGCCUGGUCAGAUAUAUGUUCCCUCAGUUGCAUCAGUGAAGGCGAAGAGGCACUGUAAGGGAAACUGUUACCUGAUAGCAUAUUUUGGUGAUCAAACAUUUGCUUGGAAUGAUGUGUCAAUGAUAAAGCCAUUUCAUAAACAUUUCUCCCAAAUGGAGAAACAGAGCGAUUUGAAACAUUUCCGCCAUGCUGUUGAUUGUGCUUUAGAAGAGGCCUCCAGGCACGUUGAGUUUGGCCUGUCUUGUCCUUGUAUGCCCGGACAAGCGCUUCCUAAGUUAAAUGCUAAUGAUGCGACAUCUUUUGAACCGACGGAACUUGUCAAUUUUGUUAAAUCAUUAGCUCAGUCCUAA